UAAUCCAGACAGCUACAGCUCUACUGCUGCAGAAAAAUGGCGGUGUGAAAAAAUGGAGUGAGUAAAACCAGUUACAGAAGAGAGAGAAACAGAGGAAGAAGAAGACGAAGAAGAAGAAGAAGCAGAAGAAGAACAGGAAGAAGCAUCAAAAGGUGGCGUGUUUUCUUCCUCCGUUGCUAGCUUCACGCUAUUCCUAAUCUCUCUGAUUCCUUUGUUUACGGUAUACAAAGCGGCGAAGCAACAUUUUCUCUGCUCUGUACUACUUUUUAAUUCGAGCAAUGGGGCGAGUUCAAUCUGCGGUGGUGGUUGUUUUGUUGGUUCUCGGCGUUUUAGCCUCCUCCUCGCUUGCCAAUGCCGCCAAUGUGACGUACGAUCACCGGGCGUUGGUGAUCGAUGGCAAGCGGAGAGUCUUGGUUUCUGGAUCUAUACACUAUCCUCGCAGCACUCCCGAAAUGUGGCCGGACCUUAUUCAGAAAUCGAAGGAGGGAGGUUUGGAUGUAAUCGAGACUUAUGUGUUCUGGAAUUUACAUGAACCAGUUCGAAACCAGUAUGACUUCGAGGGAAGAAAGGAUUUAGUUAAAUUUAUAAAGCUGGUAGGAGCUGCUGGUCUGUAUGUACAUGUACGAAUUGGUCCUUAUGUGUGCGCGGAGUGGAAUUAUGGAGGUUUUCCAGUUUGGUUGCAUUUCAUACCUGGGAUUAAGUUCCGCACAGAUAAUGAACCAUUCAAGGCUGAAAUGAAGCGGUUCACGGCCAAGAUUGUUGAUGUAUUGAAGCAGGAGAAAUUAUAUGCAUCCCUGGGCGGACCAGUUAUUUUAUCUCAGAUUGAAAAUGAAUAUGGAAACGUGCAGUCAGCUUUUGGGUCUGCUGCUAAAUCCUAUGUCCAAUGGGCGGCAACCAUGGCUACGUCUUUGAACACGGGAGUUCCUUGGGUUAUGUGCAACCAACCUGAUGCCCCCGAUCCCAUUAUUAACACCUGCAACGGAUUCUACUGUGAUCAAUUCACUCCAAAUUCUAAGAAUAAGCCCAAAAUGUGGACUGAGAACUGGAGUGGAUGGUUUCUUUCCUUUGGUGGGGCCUCGCCGUACAGGCCCGUAGAAGAUCUUGCAUUUGCUGUGGCACGCUUUUACCAGAAUGGUGGAACUUUCCAGAACUACUACAUGUACCAUGGUGGGACAAACUUUGGCAGGACUACUGGUGGACCGUUUAUUGCUACUAGUUAUGAUUAUGAUGCCCCUAUCGAUGAGUAUGGACUGGUAAGGCAACCUAAGUGGGGUCACUUGAAGGAAGUCCACAAAGCUAUAAAGAUGUGCGAAGAAGCAUUAGUGAGCACAGAACCAGCAGUUAGUUCUCUUGGUCAAAACUUGGAGGCAACAGUUUAUAAGUCCGGUUCUCAAUGUUCUGCUUUUCUUGCCAACGUGGACACUCAAUCUGACGCAACAGUGAGUUUCAAUGGUAAUUCAUAUCAUUUGCCAGCAUGGUCUGUUAGCAUCUUACCGGACUGCAAGAAUGUGGUGCUUAAUACUGCAAAGAUUAAUUCGGUAACAAUGAGGCCAUCCUUUUCACAUCAACCUUUGAAGGUUGAUGUUAGUGCUUCUGAAGCAUUUGACUCAGGUUGGAGUUGGAUAGACGAACCAGUGGGCAUCUCAAAGGAUGAUUCUUUUGCAAAACUUGGACUUUCAGAGCAAAUAAAUACUACAGCAGAUAAAAGCGAUUACUUGUGGUAUUCCUUAAGCACCGACAUAAAAGGUGAUGAACCUUUCCUUGAAAAUGGAUCUGGAACAGUUCUCCAUGUGGAGUCCCUUGGCCAUGCCCUUCAUGCUUUCGUUAAUAGAAAACUUGCAGGAAGUGGAAGAGGUAGUAGUGACAAUUCUAAGGUAACUUUGGAGAUCCCCGUCACAUUGGUACCUGGGAAAAACACAAUUGACCUCCUGAGUUUGACAGUGGGACUUCAGAAUUAUGGGGCUUUUUUUGAGACGAAAGGUGCAGGGAUCACAGGUCCGGUAAAACUGGAAAGCCAGAAAAAUGGCAUCACUGUUGAUCUCUCUUCUGGACAAUGGACGUAUCAGAUUGGACUUGAAGGUGAAGAUUUAGGUCUGUCGAGUGGAAGUUCUUCACAAUGGCUUUCACAACCUAGCUUGCCUAAGAAUAAACCUUUGACGUGGUACAAGACCACAUUUGAUGCCCCUGCUGGAAGUGAUCCAGUUGCACUAGACUUCACAGGGUUUGGAAAGGGCGAGGCAUGGGUGAACGGACAAAGUAUUGGCCGUUAUUGGCCAUCGUAUACCGCCUCCGGUCGCUGUACUACAUACUGCAAUUACAAAGGAGCUUAUAGCGCAAGCAAAUGCCUCAAGAACUGUGGGAAACCAUCCCAGACUCUAUACCAUGUACCGCGAUCGUGGUUGAAACCAACUGGAAACACCCUAGUCCUUUUCGAGGAAAUCGGCAGCGAUCCAACUCGAUUGUCGUUUGCGUCGAAACAGAUCGAAUCGCUGUGUUCUCAUGUAUCCGAGUCCCAUCCACCACCUGUAGAUAUGUGGAGCUCUGACUCGAAACUCGAAAAAUCAGGACCUGUACUCUCUCUAGAGUGCCCAUCUCCCAAUCAGGUCAUUUCUUCCAUAAAGUUUGCAAGUUUUGGUACUCCUCUUGGAACUUGCGGGAGCUUCAGCCACGGCCAAUGCAGCAGCAAAAAUGCACUCUCCAUUGUACAGAAGGCUUGCAUUGGAUCGAAAAGUUGUAGCAUUCAAGUGUCGAUUAAGGCGUUCGGCGAUCCGUGUAGAGGAAAAACAAAGAGCUUGGCUGUGGAAGCUUUCUGUGAAUAAUAACAAGGUACUCACUAUGACUAUGCAAAUCUGAAACAUUAUCUCCUACUCCUUGUAGGAAGAAGAGAGAAACUAAUGGAAACAAUAGUAAAAGAAGAAACAAAGAAAAAGGAGAAUUGAAGAGGAAGAAGAAAAAUGAUGAAAUUUGGUGUAUUAAUUCUUGCAAAGGGCAAAUAAAAUAAAAGCCAUUAAAACUUUGAUCAAUUUGUGUAACAAAUAAAUGUGCCUUCAAUUUCUAAUGCAUAUUUCUGAUCUUCUCAA